AGGAAUAAAAGUAGAAAAGAGACAAAACAUACAUCCACCAAGUUUAUUUUUAACUUGAACCGUGUAUAACGGCUAGAUUAUCUAUAACCGAACCUAACAAACCCUAAGUGAAAAGGAAAAAGAAACUUUGGAAAAAAGGAAACUUGAGUCUCAAACAAAUAAGUUUAUAAAUACCUGCGUCUCGCGUCUCCUAUCUCCUCAAGCUAAAGACGCAAUUUCUCUGGGGUUUUUUUUUUUCAAUUCUCUCUGCUUCGAGAUGAUGAUGCUCUGACUCUUUCUUCUCCCUUCGUUUAGAAAGAAUCAUUCCAGAAGUCAAAGCCCAAGAAAGAAAGACUCAUACAUAUACAACGGCUGUCUCUGUUCACUUAAAAAGCUACGAAUAAGACGAGAGAUCACACACACACAAGCAUCACGUCUCAUAUAAACGACAGAGAACAUUCUUUGUUUUUCUGCCUGCGAUGAUAAGAUCUAUGUCACUCACUACGGAACCACAUCUCACCGUAGAAACAGAGAGAGAGACGAUUCGAAGGAGUUAGAGGCUACAUGUCGCCGGAAUUUAAGGCUUCGGGAGUCAUGAUGUUGGAGGUUCUCUCGGCGACGGAGAUUGAGGAAGUGGUGGGAUCGUCGGAGAUUGGGGGAUUCGUUUUUCCGGUAAGGGUUAGAGAUGAUCGUAUUUGCUCUCUCUCAGAGGCCCAACAGAAACAAUUCCAGCCCAUCAAACAAUUGCCAGGUUAAUUUUCAGCCCAUUUUCUUCUUUAAUUUAGAAAAUUAAUAUAUUUUAUACUUUUAAAGGUUUUUUUUUUCUUU